AUUGACAAACCGAGCUCAACACUUUAGACAACCUCAGGUGUUUCAUACAUGGAGGCAAGACAGAAAGAGUAGCACACAGUGGAACACAUAAGCUUGAAACAGGUAGAAGAACAGUUGAAGAUGGAAGCAGUGCGGAGGUGGAGAUCAGAUUGGAGGUAUCCCACUACCCUGUUGUGCGUGUACGGAUUCUUCAGCACAGUUAAACCCCUGGAGCCCUUCCUCAUACCAUUCUUGACAGGACCAGACAAGAAUUUGACAACAGAACAGGUUAACAAUCAAAUUUUCCCAGUGUGGACGUAUUCCUACCUAUGUGUGCUGGUGCCAGUAUUCCUGCUGACCGACUGGCUGCGAUACAAGCCUGUGGUGGUGUUCCAGUGUGUCACACUCUUCAUCACCACAGCAAUGCUGCUCUGGACAGAUAGUGUACCCGCCAUGCAGGCCAUGCAGUGCUUCUACGGGAUGGUGACAGCCAGCGAGGUGGCCUAUUUCUCCUACAUCUACAGUGUGAUAGAUCUGAAGAGGUACCGGAAGGCCACUUCUUACAGCCGCAGUGUGCAGCUCCUGGGGUACACAGUGGGCUCUGUGCUGGGCCAGCUGCUCAUCAGCUUCAACCUCAUGUCCUACAACAACAUCCUGGUGUUUACUAUGGUUCUCACUGCCAUCGCUCUCCUCGCUUCCUGCCUCCUACCAAUGCCACAGCAGAGUAUGUUCUUUCACCGCAUUCAUACUAGACAGAAAACAGUAACAGAGGGAACAAAGAGGCAUGCAAAUGAGACUGUGGGAAGAGGAGACGAAAAGGGAGAGAAAGGAGGAGAAACACAGGAUGAUACAGGAAACGGACAGGAAGAAAAAGGGCCAAAGGCGGAGGACAUUGAGGAGGCUGUUGGUGCAGAGAGCUGCUGCGGAGUUCUCCUCCGGCUGUGGAAGGACUUUCUUCAGUGCUACUCCUCCAGAAAGCUGCUGUACUGGUCGGUGUGGUGGGCAAUGGCCACCUGUGGCUAUAACCAGACUGUCAACUACGUGCAGGUGCUGUGGGAGCAUGUGCAGCCUUCUCAGAACUUCAGCAUUUACAAUGGCGGGGUGGAGGCAGUGUCCAACCUGUUGAGUGCAGCAACAGCCUAUGGUAUAGGCUUCACUGAGGUGAAAUGGGAACUGUGGGGAGAGCUGGCCCUGGGUGGUUUCUCUGGACUCGGAGCAGCAGCACUCUUCCUCAUGACCUUUAUUGGAAACAUCUGGGUCUGCUAUACUGGUUACAUCCUUUUCAAGUGCCUGUACAUGCUGCUGAUAACAAUAGCCAUGUACCAAAUUGCAGCUGACCUGUCAAUGGAAAGAUAUGCACUGGUGUUUGGCGCAAACAACUUUGGAGCACUGACCCUACAGACGAUCAUCACCUCUGUUGUGGUGGACAGUGGAGGACUGGGUCUGGCCAUCAUUCCUCAGUUCACCAUAUACGCCAGCUACUUCUCAGUCAUUGCUGUUCUUUUUUCACUGCGGGGACUGUUUACCAUUUGGAGAGCACGAAGAAGCAACGAAGAGUCACCCCCUCCAGAGAAUGAUGAAUCAGGUUCUGACGGACACAGAUUCUGAAUACAAGGAAUUGAGCAUUACCAACUGAGACAAUUACUUGUGCUUUAGGUUCCUGCUGUGUCCAAGUGGCCAAAUGCCAGUUAAAAAGCAGAAGAGCUUCAAAUUACUGAAUGCAACACCAUGAAUAUGAAUCCUUUCUUUUUUUUUUAUACAAAACAAAUGUACAAGUUUUUCAUACAUCAAUAUAAAUGAAUGGUUUGGUCAUUUCUUCUUACUUAAAAUUCAUUUUAAUAUAUAUACUGUAUAUAUUUACACAUUAAAUUAAAAUUCUCUUAAUACCCAAUGUAAGUGGUUUUCAGUUCACCAGUCAUUCCUGUUACCCACAUGGAUGUGGAUGACUGAAGUUCAAAAGCGUUGCGACCCAGGCCCCUGUCAGAAGGGCGAAGGAUGACAGAGAAAUUAGUCUCCUGCCCGUCCCCGAUGCAGCAUUCACGCCUUCUUUCAUCUCUUGCCGACAAAGCAUGCAUUCUUGUCUUUAGUGAGAACAGUUUACCUAAAAGUAUCCUGCACAAAUAAACAGUUUGGUUCUUUACACAUACAGUAACUGGCAGUACCCAUUAGCUUUUCAAAGCAAUAGUUCUGUCUUAACAAAUCGUGUGUGUUAGAUACAAAUACUGAUAUGCAACAAAGAGCUAAUUUCCUAGAA